AUGACCAAGACUGUUGAUGAAGCUAAGGUUCUUAUUGAGAAUCUUGCAGCUAGUGAUUGUAACAAUUGUCCUGAUUAUGACCGCUCAAGCCGCACCACUACUAGCUCCCCUGAUUCUUUUCAAAUGACUGAACUCAAGAACAUGAUGGCUCAAGUUCUUAAGGGACAGCUCAAGCAUAUCAAUGCAAUAGAAGGGAUGAGUGAUGCUAAUGAAGACCCAUCAAGAGAAUGCAUGGGAGAUUUCUCUAAUGAAGCCAAUGAAGAAGAUGUGAACUACAUUGGAAACUAUGGGAACAAGGGAUACAAUCCAAGCUAUCGCCCAAACCCCAACAUGUCUUAUAGAAACCCCAAUGUGGAGAAUCCUCAAGACCAAGUGUAUCCUCCAAGGUAUCCACAACAACAAAGACCUCCUUACCAAUCUCAAGGAAGUCAAUUUCAGCCAAGGCAAGGUAUGAUGAGCAGAACAUCAUAUCCGCCCAAGGAGCCAUAUGCUUCUUCACCAAAUCAAGCUCCUCCAAACCAACAAGGUGGAAGAUUUGAAGGAAUCCUCCAACAGAUCAUGGAUGGCCAGAAAAGAGAAUACAAAGAGAUGUAUGAGAAGAUGGACACUUUGUUCAGCAAUCUCAACACCAAGUAUGAUGCUGUUGCCACUCAUGUGAAGAAACUAGAGACUCAAGUCACCAAACUAUGGAAGCUGUUAAGAGACAGGAAGCUGAAUCCAAGAAGUCCUUUUGCAACUCAGCCGCCAUAG